AUGUCUCGCAAUACCGAGGAGAUCCAGGGUUACGCCGACUGCAACGAAUCAAAGAACUUCUUAGCAGAGACUACACCAAUUUACGGCUCUGCAACCAAAACAAAUGCGCAGCUUGUCGGCCCCGAUGGAUCAACGCUUCUGUCACAGAUUCUGAGGUGCUGGGUCAAGCAUUUCAAAAGCGUUCUCAACCGUCCCUCUACAAUCUCCAACGCCGCCAUCGGUCGGCUACCCAAAGUGGAAAUCGACGUCGACCAGUAUCUCUCGCCCUUCCUCCCAGAAACCAUCCUCGCCGUGAAACAACCCUUCAGCGGAAAAGCAUCCGGAUUCAAAGUAAUCCCAGCCGAAAUCUACAAGCACGGCGCCCGCCGACUGAUGGACUAACUCACUGCGCAAUUUCAGGUGAUGAUGCGCUGUGGACAAGUUACUCGGGAAUUCAAGGACGCGAACAUCUUUCACUUCUGCAAGCUGAAAGGCAGCCGAAAACUCUGUGACAAUCACAGAGGCAUCUCGCUACUCAACAUCGCCGGGAAGAACUUCGCCCCUGUCCUCCUCAAUCGCCUCACCAGACACCUCGAGCAAGGACUUCUGCCGGAAAGCCAAUGUGGAUUCUGGCCGGCCGCCAGUUAUAAGAGAAGUUCCAGGACAUGUGGACUCACCUCUACACCCCCCCCCCGUCGUGGAUCUGAUGAGAGCCUUUGACACAGUGAGUCGUGAAGAGCUGUGGCGUAUCAUGCAGAAGUUCGACUGUCCCGAGCGAUUCACGCACAUUGUACGCCAGUCCCAUGAUGUAAUGAUGAAGCGUGUCACGGACAACGGUGCCAUCUCCGAGGUAUUCACAGUGACCAAUGGAGUGAAGCAGGGCUACGUCCUCGCGCCUACCCUCUUCGGUCUCGUGUUCUCUGCCAUGCUGAGGGAUCCGCGUCGACUGCAGGACCGAUGGGCACCUUCUCAACGGCCGGCGAAUGCAGGCCCCGACACGUCCCUUCACAACUACUAUCAACAAUCUGAUCGUCGCCGACGACUCCACACCCAAGUGCGCCACUGA